ACUUACAAACCAAGUAAAGGCUUUAGUGGAACUUUCUCUGCAUGAAGAGUGCUUUAAGCUGUUUUGUAUGAAUUUUCUUUUUGACUUUUGUGUUGUACGAUUUUGUCACUGCUCAAAGUUUGGGGUAUUUUAAAGACCCACCUGGGGACACACACUGCAAACUUCAUCAGGAAAUGCUGUGGAAUGGUGCUGUAUGCUGUACCAAACUUGUCCUUAAAUAAUGAAAAACAUAGUGUACUGGGGGGAAAAACCAUCAGAAACUCAGGUGACUACUGAAAGACAAAGGCGGUUUGGACAUCAUGUCUUUAUGUGGUGUCCAGGAAAAACAUCUUCCAUAUGCUCAGUAAGACACAGGCAUUUGAAAUAUGACCUGAAAGGUAACUCUGUGUGGUAUGCGGGUUGAUGUGUUGUGUUGAAGGGCAGAGAGGCGUUUCUUUGCCUAUUGGUGGAAAAAACAAAAAUAAUAAUUAGGUUUGACUGACAAGACAGCCUGUUUUGCCUGUCGCGCGUUCACGACACGCACGCAACUUCGUACCGUGGAAACGACUUGGCUGAAUGACGGCGUACCGAGAAGUACUGAGGCACGAGACACCUAACGGCAAAUCACAGUGUUUUGUUUUGUAAUUCAACGGGAAAAAAACAACAGUGACUUUCGAAAGUGACCGUUGGUGAAGAGAAGGUCUUCCUUCGUUCGCCAGCCAGACUAGCAACGCGGCUUGUGUGGACUUUGUGUCGGCUGUGAAAACUAACUUCCCUCGGCUAGCUAGCGAGCGCGGUUAGCUAGCUUGCUAACUCAGCUCAGCAGCACGGGAGCACAGACGGCAGUCUGGCUGCUCUGCUCCAGUAACAACUUCAUAGGAAGACCGUCCUUCUGUUGGAGAAACAAGGCAGUUCCGACGGCAAGCACAUAAAGCCACCGUGCAUCCCAGACAAGAGCACAAUGCACGGAGCGAACCCCUCCGUCUGUAGGAACCUGCCAGAUAUGUGGACCGAGAGAUGAUAUGGCAGAAUUGCGUGCAAAUGUUACAACGAGGCAAUAGGCCAGGCAGGAAAUUGGAGUGCAGCUGAAACAGAAGGCUUUGCUACCCAGCAGCUUGCCAGCUUGUGUGUUUGUGUGUGUGUGUGUGUAUGUGUUUGUGUGUGUGUGCUCCAAGUGCCUAUGGCGGAGUUUGGGGAGGACGGCAGGCUGCCUCCAUUGAAUCUUGGGGAUACGACCGUGCCCAGCGACGAGGCAGCUGGCAAGACGCAUUGCGAAGUGUCGGUCUUGAAUGGAGACUGUGGGAUAUCAGAAAAUAUGGUCGGCUCGGGAGUCCUCGUCGCACCUGGCAGCCAAGCCGGGGUGGAAACCGCCAACACCUCUGUCGGAUUGGAUGCCAAAUCUGAAAUACCACGCAGGAGCAGCAUUAUCAAGGAUGGCUCAAGACAGCGUAAAGAAAGAAAGAAGACUGUAUCAUUCAGCAGCAUGCCCACUGAGAAGAAAAUUAGCAGUGCAAGUGACUGUAUUAAUGCAAUGGUCGAUGGCUCUGAGCUAAAGAAAGUGCGGUCAAAUUCACGCAUUUACCACCGCUACUUCCUUCUUGAUGCCGACAUGCAGUCUUUGAGAUGGGAGCCCUCAAAGAAAGAAUCGGAAAAGGCCAAAAUUGAUGUAAAAUCCAUCAAAGAAGUUCGGACCGGGAAAAAUACAGACACUUUCAGAACCAAUGGAACCUAUGACCAGAUAUCGGAGGACUGUGCUUUCUCAAUUAUCUUUGGGGAGAACUACGAGUCCCUGGACUUGGUGGCAAACACAGCAGAUGUGGCCAACAUAUGGGUCACAGGGCUGAGGUACCUGAUCUCCUACGGCAAACAUACCUUGAAUAUGAUAGAGAGCAGUCAGAACAACAUGCGCUUAUCUUGGCUCGGUGAACUUUUUGAUGAGGCAGACAGUAACAACAGCAAACAAAUAACAAUAUGUGUGGCUGUGCAGCUCAUCAAAAAAUUGAACCCAGGACUUAAAAAUGUGAAAAUAGAGCUGAAGUUCAAGGAGCUUCACAAAGCUAAGGACAAAACAGGCUCUGAUGUGACAAAAGAGGAGUUCAUUGAGGUCUUUCAUGAUCUUUGCACCAGACCAGAAAUUUAUUUUCUCUUUGUUCAGUUCUCUAGUAACAAAGAAUUUCUGGACACUAAGGACUUAAUGAUAUUUCUGGAGGCAGAGCAGGGUAUGGCACAAGUCAGUGAAGACACCAGCUUAGAAGUCAUUCAGAAAUAUGAACCAUCUAAAGAGGGCCAACUCAAGGGUUGGCUUUCUCUUGAUGGGUUCACCAACUAUCUUAUGUCUUCAGAGUGCCAUAUAUUUGACCCUGAACAAAAGACAGUAUGCCAGGACAUGAACCAGCCCUUGUCCCACUAUUAUAUCAAUGCAUCCCACAACACUUAUCUGAUAGAAGAUCAGUUCAGAGGUCCCUCUGAUGUGACGGGCUAUAUUCGUGCUCUCAAGAUGGGCUGCCGCAGUGUGGAGCUGGAUGUGUGGGAUGGGCCUGAUAACGAACCUGUCAUUUACACUGGGCACACGAUGACAUCACAGAUUUCUUUUCGCAGUGUCAUUGACGUUAUCAACAAGUAUGCCUUUGUUGCAUCUGAGUUUCCACUGAUUCUGUGUUUAGAAAACCAUUGCUCCUUAAAGCAGCAGAGGGUCAUGUUUCAGCACUUAAAAAAGAUCCUUGGAGACAAGAUCCAGUUAGACCCUCCAAAACCUGAAGACUGUUACCUCCCCUCUCCUUCUGCACUAAAGGGAAAAAUCCUCCUGAAGGGUAAGAAACUGAGUACGAACUGCACUGCAUCUGAGGGUGAGGUGACAGAUGAGGACGAGGGGGCAGAGAUGUCUCAGAGGAUGAGCAUUGAGUCUGCGGAACAGCAGACAAUUGCACCCAAGAAAUUCCAGCUGUCGAAGGACCUCUCUGAUCUGGUGACCUUGUGUAAGUCUGUGGAGUUUAAAGACUUUCCAACGUCUUUCCAAAGCCAGAAGCAAUGGGAACUCUGCUCUUUCAAUGAGGUCUUUGCCAGUCGCUGUGCCAGUGACUUCCCAGGUGACUUUGUUAACUACAACAAGAAGUUCCUAGCACGGGUUUACCCUAGCCCCAUGCGAAUUGACUCCAGCAACAUGAAUCCACAAGAUUUCUGGAAGUGUGGGUGCCAGAUUGUGGCAAUGAACUACCAAACUCCUGGCCUGAUGAUGGACUUGAACAUCGGCUGGUUCCGUCAGAAUGGGAACUGUGGCUACGUGCUACGUCCAGCAAUCAUGAGGGAGCAAGUUUCAUAUUUUAGUGCCAACACUAAAGAUUCAGUGCCUGGUGUAUCUCCACAGCUCUUGCACAUCAAGAUCAUCAGUGGACAGAACUUCCCAAAGCCUAAAGGUUCAGGUGCGAAAGGAGAUGUAGUAGACCCAUAUGUGUAUGUGGAAAUACAUGGCAUUCCUGCUGACUGUGCUGAACAAAGGACUAAAACGGUCCACCAGAAUGGGGACAACCCUCUCUUUGAUGAGAGCUUUGAGUUUCAAAUAAAUCUGCCAGAGCUUGCAAUGGUGCGCUUUGUGGUGCUAGACGACGACUAUAUUGGUGAUGAAUUUAUCGGCCAAUAUACAAUCCCCUUUGAGUGUCUCCAGCCAGGUUUUCGCCAUGUGCCACUACAGUCUCUGACAGGGGAGGUUCUGCCACAUACCUUGUUGUUUGUUCAUGUGGCCAUAACCAAUCGAAGAGGAGGUGGCAAACCCCACAAAAGGGGGCUUUCUGUACGAAAGGGCAAGAGGAGUAGAGAGUAUGCCAUCAUGAGAGUGUUAGUGAUUAAGGCUGUGGAUGAUGUCUUCAAAACAGCCCUGCUGCCACUAAGGGAGGCAACAGACCUCAGAGAAAACAUGCAGAAUGCCAUUGUGUCCUUUAAAGAGCUGUGUGGCCUUUCAGCAGUGGCUAACCUGAAGCAGUGCAUCUUGGCCCUUUCACCUCGACUGACUGGACCUGACAACAGCCCCCUGCUGGUGUUCAACCUCAACGACCAGUACCCUAACUUGGAGCCCCAAGGCAUGCUAUCAGAGGUCCUCAAGAAAGUGGUCACCACAUAUGACAUGGUGAUCCAGACCAGCAAGGCUCUGCUAGAGAACUGUGAGGGGGUGUAUGAGAGAAUUCUGCAAACUCAAAAAGCAGCCAUGGAAUUUCACGAGAACCUCCAUGACUUGGCCAUGAAAGAAGGGUUGAAGGGCAGGAAGCUGCACAAGGCGGUGGAGAGCUUCACAUGGAACAUCACCAUACUGAAGGGUCAGGCAGACCUACUGAAACACGCCAGGAGUGAAGUCCAGGAGAACCUCAAGCAGAUCCACUAUGCUGCACUCACCUGUAACCUGAGUAAAGGCGGACCAGCGGGCGGCUCGUCCGGCUCUGAUUCUAAGAGCAGACGGAGCCUCGAGGCCAUUCCUGAAAAGGCCACCGGGGAGGCGGAGCUCACUGACGAGGACAAUUAAAAGACGCACACUCUUGCUCUGGUGCUGCCCUGACUCAAACAGUCAGACCUCGACUCUGUUCCUGCCUCCUGAGCUCACAAUCCAAAGCUCUCAAUGUCUUAAUCCUGGUAUCAUCACUCUACACACACCAGUGUUUUUCCACAUUCCAUCAUCUACAUUCCUGUUUCCCAAGCACAGCUGUAACAACUCGCAGACUUCUGCCUUGUCAUUAUCAAUAAAAUGCCACCGCCUCUCCAGAACACAAGUUCAGAUCACACAAGGGUUAGAAAAGUAAUAACUGUCCUUAUUACUGCACUGAAAAGCUUUUUCUUUUUUUAAACAUUUGCUCCACAUCUGAUGCUGCCUAGACAUUAUGCGCCCACAUCAUAUAAAUUCUAAAUGUUAACAUCGAGCAAAAUCACCUUUUGGGAAUAUGCUGAAAGGGAUCAUAUGUAGAAAUGCUGAUUAUUAUCAGUGCGUUCUAUAAAUCCUGACAUUCCCUAAGGCCACGGUCUUAAUGCAUUAGUUUGUUGUCCUUCCUUCAUUCCUCUGACCCAGGCUCACAUUUCCUGGGUGAGCUGGAAGAGCCGAGUGAACUAUCAGCCACGUCAACAUUGAAGACAUUGACCGACUGUUCGCACUUCUACUCAGCAGACCAGGAUGUUACCCGAGGAGACGGGAAAACAAAAAAAAACAAAAACAAAAGAGCUCAUGAGAGAUUUCUAAAAGCACAAUUUUUGGGAGUUAUGAAUGUAACAUGAAAGAGGAAGUCAAGAGGCAACAGAAGAAGUGAAGAAAAGAGUGGACAAAAAUGUCACAAAUGAGAGUAAAGAGCUGUUUACAAAACA